AUGCAAUUACCUGAUCACCUCUUCAGGACCUAUCGCACCUACAAGAUCGAAGAACAGAAUUUCCUAAGGUGGAUCUAUGAAACUGCAUCCCUCUAUGGCCACAAGUUUGAACCCCGUCGUCCAGUCGAACAAGUUCCAAACACUGAAAAGGUUGUUUGUCACGACCAGGCAUACUCAAAGCUCAAGGGUCGAGCAAGGACGCUAGCACGAAAACAGCUCAGGCACCUCCUAAACCCAACCUUAGCACAACCACCGAUGAAGAGGAGCCAGACUCAGAUUCCAGAUUUGGUGCUCAACCAGGUCCAGAAAAUUCUUGAUUUACGCCGAAGUUGCGUUGACUGGUUCCGUAACAACACGCCUCAAAACGACCAUAGAACUCGGUGCCACAAUGACAACCAUGAGUACCUAGUCAGGAUCCUGGAGCAAGCGUUCACGGUCCUGAGCGCCGCAAAUCGCACUAGUAAAACGGCACCAGAUUCCAUGAAACAACUUAGUAUCGACUCCAAAACUACAAAGGUCAAUCUGAUGUUCAAUGGUUCGAGGUAUGCAGCACUCGAACAAAUGGGAGAUAGCUCCGAUGCGACCGACUAUCUUAAGGACAAUCGCAAGAACAUCGAUCUUGACGGAAACGACGAGCCACUUGCAAGCAAGAAAACAGACCCUCGAAUCCAGCAACCAAGCACACCUAGACUAGAUGAAGAUCUGAAGCUGCAAGAGGAGUACAACUUUGCUAGAUUCUGCUUCUACAAAGACGUUCAGCAAAUAGAGGACUUUCUGUUCCUUGAGAUUGUACGAUACGCUCUAGAUGCUGCGAAUUCUAAUGUCCUACCAUUUUUGACGGAUGUUGCGAUCUGA